CGAUCAGCUAAAAACACAAAAGGGAAAAUCGGCAGUCCAUGAUGCGGCAUUUACUAUUUCUGGUUUUGGCGGCUGCUCUGUCCUCCACCUUUGCUUACGAGUUGACCGAUGAAUGCUUGGCUUGCAUGUGCUUCGUCUCCAGCAACGGCUGUAAGAUGCCCGAGCCAGUGUGCCAGAACAACGGCUGGGGGGAGGUGUGCGGCCCCUGGGCGAUCACCCUCUAUUACUGGAUGGACGGAGGAUACCUAAAUGGAGACUUCUACUCGUGCGUCGAGGACUGGGACUGCAACGAGGCGAGCGUCCGGGGUUACCUCGCCCGCUACGUGACCAGCCCGUACGCCGACUGCCAGUAUUACGCCCGGACACACGCGGGCGGGCCGAAUGGGCCCAAUAUGGACUUCACCCUCGAUUACUGGUUUCAGGUGAAGACAUGCCUUGACUAUUCCCUGUUCACGCCACCCUCCGCCUAAAGUGCUGCCAGAAAAGGUGUAUGAAAAUGCAGUUAUCCAUAUGCUGAGUUCACUUGCCAUCCGUAAUUGCGCAAAUAGGACGUUAAAAACCAUGCAACAAUGAAUGUGAUAAACUAAAUGAAAGGCAAAUUAUGUAUCAGAUUACCGUUUUCAACUUUUACACGUAGUGUUUACGUGACUUUGAAACCAUUCAACUUUACUGAAUUUCGUUAAUGUCACGUCUCAUCGCCCAGUGUACACGAGAAAACGAUGAAGGCAAAAUAUAAUCUUAAUAUUGAAACUUA